AUGUCCAGAGUUUUGGCGAUUAUUUUGCUCAUCGCAUUGACUGCGCAAGCUGCAGUUGUCGUUCCGAAUCCGUUGAAUUUGAAGAAACAUCAUGGAGCUAUGUGUGAUGUUUGUAAAGCAUUGGUUGAGGUAUGUCAAGGAGUUGAGCCUAGGGAACAUAGUUGUCUAGGAGCCGCGUCUAGAGAUCUACUCUGGCAAGUUCUCGCGCCUAGAGAGCUUACAUGUAAAGUGGCUGAGCCCAUAUCACGCCCAGCUCCGUGCAGAUAACAAUUAAAAACUGGCGGGGUGGUUUCUAGUAAGUUUUUGAUGGGUGAAAACAACGUAUUUUUUCAAAUAUACUCAAAAAACAGCCCGAAAUUUACUUGAACUUUUUUUUUGGCGUCGUGGAUUUCAUUAAAAUUUCGGAGAAAAUUAUUAGCGACGUGCAUUUCUUAACACCUGGGCGUUGUACGUUUCAAUGACAAAAUAGUUGUACAACUCCAAUCCAACUGCAAUCCUUUUAAAUGUCCCAAAACAUUAAAAUCCGAAAGAUUUACAUUUUGCUCUCGAAAAUAAUUGUAUUUUUGAUCAAUUUUAUUGACUAAUUCAAAAAAAUUUCGUGUAAAUUUAGAACAUAAAAGAGAAAUUUCUUAUUUUCUUUGCUUAUGAACAUGUUCAUCAAAUUUGGACAACAACAUUCUGAAAUUUUUUUUUUUGGCGUCGUGGAUUUCAUUAAAAUUUCGGAGAAAAUUAUUGGCGCCGUGCAUUUCUUAACCCCUGGGUGUGGUACGGCUGAGCCUAGUGAAAGCCACGCCUAGAGAGUUCAAUUGUCUAGGAGUCGCAUCUAGAUAUCACAGUUCUCAAGCAGCUAAGCCUAGUUAACCUAGUUGUCAAUGAGCCGCGUCUUCAACGCUCCAAUUUGAAGUAGCUGCUUCUAGAGAUCACAGUUCUCAAGCAGCUAAGCCUAGUAAGCCUAGUUGUCUAGGAGCCGCACCUAGAAAGUUCAAUUCUCAAGGGUCAGCAGCUAGAAAGCUUAGCUCUCAAGUAGCCACGCCUAAAGAAUCUCAAGGGUCUCGAAACUUGUUCGAUCUUCCAGGGUGGAGAAAAAGUCGGUGACGACGAUCUCGAUGCAUGGCUCGAUGUGAACAUCGGAACACUCUGCUGGACAAUGCUUCUUCCAAUCCACCACGAAUGCGAAAAAGAAUUGAAGGCUGUCAAGAAGGAAUUGAAGAAAGACAUUGAAAAUAAGGAAGCUCCAGAAAAAGCAUGCGAAGAUGUUGAUUUGUGUUAG